AUGGCGAAUGACCGGACCCAGUCGGCUCAGGUCAAGAAGAACAACCGCGCCGAGGAAUGGCUCAAGAACGCGGUCAAAGACAAGCAUGUCCGGCUGAUCCCCUUUUCAGAAAUCAGCAAAGUCAAGUACAAUGUCGCUAAGGGUGGGUCGGGCACCAUCCAUCUGGGCGCUUGGCGUAAUAUGCACGUUGCCAUUAAGGAGCAGCACAAUACCAACGACCUUAUCAAAGAGCUCAAGAUGCACAAACAGGUUCACGAUUCCAACUAUAUCGUCAAGUUCUUUGGCAUCACUAAACACCCGCUUACCCAUGACACCUGCAUCGUUAUGCAGUUUGCAGAGAAUGGCUGUCUACAGGACUAUCUCGAGACCCAGAACGUCGCCAUCUCCUGGCUGACCAAGUACCGACUCGCCUGGGAGGUUGCUAGCGGACUCGACUUCAUCCAUCGCGAAAACAUUUUCCACACCGACCUUCACUCUCGCAACAUCCUCAUCGACACUGGCGGAAAGGCCCUGAUCACCGACUUUGGACUCAGCAAGUCUGUCAACAAAACCAUCUAUACCACCAAGGCCGGUCUCUUUGGCGUCGUGCCCUAUGUCGCUCCCGAGCGGAUGCAGAACCCCUCGAUCACAUAUACAGCCAAGUGCGACAUCUACAGUCUGGGCGUCAUCCUCUGGGAGCUCUCUAGUUGCGUGAUUCCUUUUGAGGCGCAACUGCAGGAUGUCAUGUUGGCCGUCAACAUUAUUGCGGGAGUUCGUGAGAAGACUAUACCAGGAACUGCUGUUGAGUACGAGAUGCUCUACAGGCGCUGCUGGGACGGACUGCCCCAGAAUAGACCCCAGAUGGACAUUGUUCUGUCAGAGUUGGUCGAGCUCCUAGCCGCAGAACAAAUCAACCCACGACCUGCAGCCACGAGACCACGCUCACCCAAGCCAACUCGCCCAUUGUCUAGUGACUCGAUGGUCGCCCCUAGUCUGCCAUUUGCGUACGAAACCGAAGCCAGCCAGCCUCCUUCACUAGAGAACACCCAUCAUGUUGGUCCCGGCUCUCCCUCGCGAGCAUUAACUCGGCAAUCCUUGGGAAAGGCUUCCAUGGUCGGAGUGCCGUCUGUUCCGAUUCGACAGGACCGCACUGGCGCUACAAGGGUCUCUUUUCACGAGCCACAUCCCAGAGACAACUCGCAAGUUAACGGUACCAAGCCUCCGGGUCCAGCCCAAUUAGAUGCAAACAACAGGAAUGGGGCUGUCAAGGCGACUCCACUUGCGAUCAAAAAGGGCGCGGCGACGAAUGCACAGGCAGAGGCACAUACUACUGACGCCAUGGAUAGUCCUAUUCUACCCAACGGCCACGCUGUUUCUGAGAUAACGAAACCACCACAACCCUCCAACACGACUCCAGAGCAAGGAAAGGACAAGGAGCAAAAGGGGCAGAAGAGCAAGGAACAGAAACUAGCCGAGUCAUCCGGAGGAACAGCCCUGUCAACAUCAGACGCAGGUUCAAAGCCGGUUGGAUCGAUCCUCGAGCUUUUGCCUCCCUUGCCAGAGUUCCACCAGCUCUCGUUCUCGCCCAACUCUUCUGGCAGCAACGAUGGACAUUCCCUUACUCCUGCACCUCCGCCACCAACACCGUCGUUCACCCAAGAGCCAUCUCUCAACAAGUUGCCCGGGGAUGCAGUCCUGGCCCUGGCCCGUGGGCUGCCCAUGUUUGAUGUCGUCAGUAAGCUGCCCCAAGCCUCUUUCAAGAAUAUCUCUACCAUCUCGCCACCACCCAGUGGCGCGCCCCCACCACCUCCAGGAGCCGUGGCUGGUCACUCCAACACGCCCAGAGUCAUUUCACCGCCGCAUCAUCGGAACACUCCCAGGGCAUCCAAGACCAUCUCGCCUCCUGCUGGUGCCCCUCCACCAAGGAGUAUUCCCUCACCGUCUCUCGGUCCAGGGGUUCCAAGACCUCCUCCAGGCCCUCCACCAACUCCAAAGCUUGGACCUGCGUCUGGCAAUGGAACAAAUCCAGGACCCGCUGGAGUAAAUGGAACAAACGCAACAGGAAACAGGAAUCCCGUCGAGCCCAUCCAGUACACCCCAUCGACAUCUUACAGUCCAGGACCAGGCAAGAACCCCAAAACUGGUCAACCCAAUGGUUCAAGUAGCCCUUCUAAUGGCAACUCUGAGCAGUCGACCUUGCCACCCGCUGCUUCGACCAAUGCUGAUACCACGCGGCCAACACCUGCACGACAGAUACCGAUGGGUUUCCCUGUUGUGACACCUCUCAGCCCUCCACACUGGACUCGGACGCCAACACCUGUUGCGACUGAGCCUCCAUCGACUGCCUCCCGAGUACCCGCGUCUUUUGCAUCCUCUGGUUCUUCUCCGUCAUCUUCAGCAGGAUCUUCUCCUUCAGGGUCACCAUCGUCCACCUCGCCAUCGACAACCCCUUCUUCUGUAAACGGAUCCCCGCCCACCAACCGACGCGACUUUAGGCCCAUUUCAUAUUUGACACAGAAGCACACGGGACUCCUGGACUUGGUCGAGCAGGUAGAUCAACAACUGCAGGCGCGGCAGCAGCAGCAGCAUCAGCAUCAACAGCACCAGCAACAACAGCCUCAUGUCGAGCCCCCACCCAGAAGGAAUGGCGACAACACCUAUGUCCCCAACCCCAACAAUAACAUCAUCCCACCAAGUCAGCUCCUCAUGCAGCGAGCACAGAGCCCAGAGCUGAUUCGGCUGGAUAACAAUAUCCUGGGCAGCCCAAGUCUCCGGCCGGCACCGCUGCCUGAGAACGGCAACAGGAUCAUCCGGAGUCCUCACUUGGCACCCCUAAACCGUCCUACAUCUCCUGCGUUUAUGUUGCCUACUUCCAACAGGAAUAAUGACAGGACUGGCGGUCUCUUUGCUGGCGACGCGAAGAACUGGAUGCGCACCCUGAAAAAUCCACCCAGGCGCGACUCGGAAGAGGACGAUGCGCGGUCUGUCAGUGACUACCGGCCACAGCUGCCCUCCAAGGACUCCUCCUCCUCCUCCACAACUACUACAACAGGAACGUCCCUCUCAACCUCGCCCUCGACCCCAACAUCAGCCAACGGCCAUGGUAGCACCCCUUCGUCUCUCCAACCUCGAGUCCAGGCCAACACCUUUUACAGCAUCUCCGACCCGUACAAGGAAAUGAACCACGACGAGCCCACCGACUUUUUCGCGGCCGUCACCCAGUCAGAUCUGGCGACCAUCGAGCGCAUGCUCAAAUCUUUCCCGCACCUUAUCCAUGACUCGAAUGGGUUCUGGCCCCACCCGACUCCGCUCCUUGUCGCAGCCCGGUCCAGGAGGGCGUUAGAGACCAUGAAGGUGCUUUUGCAGCAUGGCGCAGAUCUUGACCGAGGCGAUCAUAAUGGGACCACGGUUCUGCACUAUGUCUGUGAGCAGUACUCGAACCCCGUCGAGGCGAUCCAGUUCUUGGUUCGUGCCGGCGCAGAUCCCAACAGUCGUGAUGCCAAGAAGCGGACGCCCUUGAUUGUCCUCUUGCAGAAUACUCAUUUGGUAGCGACAAAGGUUCUUCUAGAGGCUAUGCUGACGCUGUUUAAGUCUGGAGCCCAGGCGAAUGUGGUUGAGGCCCAGUACCAGCGAUCGGCACUUCAUGUCGCCAUCAUGCACUACCAACCCCCAGCUCCUAAUCAGCAACACCAGCAACAACAGCAGUCUCAUCAGGGCCACGGCGGUCCGGUCAUGGUCGCUGGUGGGAUUCAAAUUGGCAAGGAUCUGGCCCCUGUCCUGGAGCUGCUCCUCAAGCGUGGCGCAGACGUGAAUGCACGGGACACUCGCAAGGCAACCCCGCUCCACGUUCUCCUCGAACGCAUGGACAACGAAGAACUGGUCCAAAUGCUCCUCCUCUACGGCGCCGACCCAGGCAUCCGCACCAACAGACGCAACGCGCUGAUGAUUGCCGCAGAACACCUUCGGGUCAUGUCCGCCUGGUUCCUCCUCGAGAAUGACCUCCUCUCCUCCAACACUGAAUCCAUCAAACGCGCGACCGAACUUUGUUCCAAGGCAGACGGGCCCGACAAGUCUGCAAAACCCCUCCUCAAGAACACGCUCUCGGAUUGGCAGGGUAAAGAGGGCAAACAGCGUCGGAUCCAGCUCGCUCAGGAUUGUGUCCUCCGUGUUCAGCGGACACCCGAUAUGAAGACCAUUGAUCAGACGGCUGCGGCGCUCGAGUUCCUGGAGAGUGUUGGGCAACCGAUUCAUCGCGCCAGUGCUGUUGUGGGUUCUGGUCGAGGAGAUAUUGCUGUUGGUGGGUUUGGCGGCGCUGGAUCUACUGUGGGUGGCGGCGGAGGGUAUGGCGUGAGUAGUAGCAACAAUGCCUAUGGCACUUGA